AUGGCCUGUUCUGAACGAGCCGAAAGCACAGGAGCGACUGGAGAUCGCUUAAAAGAAGGUGCAAAAAUCAAUCGAUCAUUAUCAGCAUUGGGUAAUGUCAUAUCCGCAUUAGCUGAAAAUAAAAAAGUCAUUCCUUAUCGGGAUUCAAUACUUACUAAACUACUACAAAACGCUUUGGGUGGGAAUAGUAAAACCGUUAUGAUUGCAGCAAUAUCGCCAGCAGACAUUAAUUACGAUGAAACGUUAUCCACGUUACGUUAUGCAGAUCGAGCGAAACAAAUUAAAAAUACAGUUUUAAUUAAUGAAGAUCCAAUGGAAUCACUAAUUCGUGAAUUAAAAGCAGAAAAUGAACGUCUAAAGAAAGCCUUAAACUCUACUGAACUACCUUCAUCAGUGGUCGUAAAAGGUCUUACACCAAAAGAAAUAGAAGAUCUUAAAAACCAAAUGAGAAAAGAAAUGAUGGAACAGAUGGAAACUAAUCUGGCUACAAUCGAAGCUCAGAAUCAAGCUGCAUUUGAUGAGAAAGUAUGUUACUUAUGA